GCAAGGAAUCAUGGGUGUGACAUUGUAGUAUAAUGGCGGAAGGAGACAGCAUCUUCGCCAAAAUCAUUCGGAGAGAGAUUCCAUCUGAAUUUCUCCAUGAGGAUGAUCAGUGUGUUGCUAUCAAGGACAUCAACCCUCAGGCACCUGUUCACUUCCUUGUAAUUCCAAAGAAGCCAAUACCUCAACUGUCACAAGCAGAAGACUCUGAUGAACAGUUGCUUGGCCACCUCUUGGUGGUUGCCAAAAAGGUUGCAGCUGAACAGAAUUUGGCCAAAGGUUUUCGUGUUGUAAUCAAUGAUGGAAAGGAGGGAGGUCAAGAAGUGUAUCAUCUUCACAUCCAUGUUUUGGGUGGACGCCAGAUGAAAUGGCCCCCAGGCUAGUCAAGAUCAGGUUGUUUCCCCCAGACUAUGAGCCCAAGUCUUAGGUAGCACUAGCAACCAACGACUCCUGACGUAGCAAGAACGGAUGGUAGAAAAUUCAUGGCACAAUGAACUAAAAAUUUUAGAACAUAAGCUGAGAGGCUUUUUGAAAGUUACAAGAUUUUUUUGUGGAAGACUGGCUCGUAAAUUUUUUCACUUGUAUUUUCCCUAAAUUGAAAAGGCAAGGAAAUAAAAUAACAUUAAAUGUCA